UUCCGAUCCCACUCUCCUAUAAAGACAACAGCGACUGGAUACUGAGCUCGUGGGUACGCACUAUAUAUCAGUCCUUGGUCACAUCAAUUGUCUUCUUGAUCGCUCGAUCGAUUGUUCCUCAAUCCUCAUGGCCACUGCUCUCGUCUGCCCCAAACUUCAAGUGGAACAACAAUGCCGUUCUGCCGGCGGCGACGGCGACGGCGGUGGCCGCGUCGGCCAGACAGUCGCGAUGCUCGUCGCCACGGCGUUCACGGCGCAGGCGGCGUACCGUGCGCGGCGGGAGCCGUCGGACCUGGCCUUCGUGCUCUUCGCCUACGCCGCGCUGGGGCUCCUCUUCCUGUGCCUCAGCAUGUACGAGCGGCUGCCGCCGUUGGUGGAUCAGCAGGACGGCGGCGACGGCGGUACGACGACGGGGGAGCAGCUGCGGCGGCGGCGGUGGCUCAAGACGGCCGUGUGGUGCCUGUCGACGGCGCUGAGCGUCGCCUUCGCCUGGCACGUCGCGGCGGUCAUGCCGGCGCCGGCGCUGAAGGCCGCGGUGUGGGGAAUGACUUCCGCGGUGGUGGUCACCGGCUUCUACCUUCUGUUCGUGUACAGGCCGGCGGCCAUUUCGUCCUACUCCGAGGUGGACACAUGCGAGCAUGACAAGGCGUCGUCCAAGCUCAAUCAGAUGGUAUGACCACGAAGCAUUAAUUUGGAGAAGAGGAGACCAUCGUUUUCCUCGCUCGCGAUUGGAAGCACAAUCUCUGAAUACGAAAUUUAACAGAUAUAAUCAUGUAAUUAAUUAAAGUGAAAAUUUGUGGAUUGUGUUGAGUGCAGAUUGACAAAUUAACUUUGCAAGACGAUGGCCACUCUAUUAUAAUGUUUUUUUUAUAAAAGGCUUUUUGAGCCCAGCUUUUAUAUAGCAAACUGCGAAAAAAAAAAACAGAGUUCACCAGGGGAUCCCGGGCAUUACAGAGAUUGUCUGACGGCAAAAUAGAACACAGAAAAACACCCCUCCACACUUCCUAGAGUUUCAGACUAGCAAGAUAGAAAGCAACAGCUGAGAGCAGGAGCCCAAACACAGACAGAGCAGGAGCCCAAA